AUGGUCGGGAAAGUUCACAACGGGAAACAAAACCCACAAAAGUCCUUCCAAGUCAAGAAAGGGAAGCCAACUUUGGUCUCGCCGGCGGCGGAGAACAACAAAGGAAGCGUUUACUUCCUCUCCAACGUCGACGGCGACUUGACCAAGGUCCUCACCCGCACGCUCUACUGCUUCAAGUCCGGCGGUCCAGCCGCCGCAGAGGUGAUCAGGAACGCGCUGAGCAAGGUUCUCGUCCACUACUACCCUCUCGCCGGCCGGCUUGUCGCCACGCCGGAAGGAAGGCUCGCAGUGAGCUGCACCGGCGAGGGAGUUGUGUUCGUGGAGGCGGAGGCGGAUUGUGCGCUGGAUGACGUGGACUUCUCGAAGCCGGAUAAGGUCACACGUGGCAAGCUGGUUCUUUAUGAUGUUCCUGGCGUAAGGAACAAAUUCGAGAUCCCUCUAAUGGCUCAGGUGACCAAGUUCAGGUGUGGAGGAUUCGUGCUGGGAAUCUCCUUCAACCACGUGUUCGUCGACGGCCAGGCCGCCGUGGAAUUCAUCGUCUCCUGGGCCGAAACCGCCCGAGGACUGCCGUUGUCCGUCCCGCCGUUCCUCGACAGGACAAUCCUCAGAGCUCGAACCCCGCCGAAAAUCGAGUUCCACCACACGGAAUUCAUCCCCAUCGAAGACAAAUCCUCUCCCUCCACCACCACAAUCAACAACAAAGACGGCACAGUCUCCAAAUACAUCAAAUUCACCCCACAAAUGAUCCAAACGGCGAAAUCGAAAACAACAAACGAAUCCACCAGUCCAAUCAAACCCUGCUCCACCUUCGAAGCCCUCGCAGCCUUCGUGUGGCGAGCCAGGACUCGCGCCCUCGAAAUGAAUCCAAAUCAGCUGACGAGAAUCCUCUUGGUGGUCAACACACGUGGGAAAUUCUCGCCGCCGUUGCCGAAAGGGUAUUUUGGGAACGCGAUAAAGUUCGCCCCGGCGCACAGCCUGGCGGGGAGGCUGGUCAAGAAGCCGCUUUCCUACGCCGUCGCGAGAAUCCAGGAGGCGGUUCGAAGCGUGAACGACAAGGUUUUGAGGUCGGCGAUCGAUUACUGCGAGGCGGCGAAGGGAGAGAGGCGGUUUGAUGGAUACGGCGUGAUCACGGUGUCGCAGUGGUCGGGCUUGUCGUUCUCUGCGACGGAUUUUGGGUGGGGGGAGCCGUUUUUGAGCGAGCCGGUGGAGAGUGAACGUACGAUCGUGUUUUUGAGGCAUCCGACGGAGAAAGGGAGCUUCAAUGUGCUCGUUGGUCUGCCGGUUCCGGCGAUGGAGAGGUUCGAGGAAUUGGUGCAGGAAGAGCUCUGUGGAUAG